CUAAAGUGUGCCCCAUACUCCAAAUAUGAGGACAAUGAGGGCAAGAAUUUCCGCCAAACAGUCCUUCAGAGCUUUUCUGGGGACUUCUAGAGCCUUAGACGACAAGAAGAUUCUGUAUUCUCACACUUUACACCUUCCUAAAACGAACUUUGGCCCAAAAGUACCCAAGGGCGCUGAAAGAACAAGACUCAUAGAGACUACUAGUCAGGACCUAUACGACUGGCAGUUUCAUCAUAAUAAAGAAAACCCAGAGUUUAUAUUACAUGAUGGUCCGCCUUAUGCAAAUGGUGACUUACAUCUCGGCCAUUCAUUGAACAAAAUUUUAAAAGAUAUCAUCAAUAGAUUCGAGUUGAUCUACAACAAUUCAAGAAUUAAAUACGUUCCGGGAUGGGACUGUCAUGGACUUCCUAUAGAGAUGAAAGCUACCAAUAUGGAGAAUGAUAUCAAGAAGGGUAAAGAUCCUAAACCGCUUACAGCAGUGGAAAUCAGAAAUGCAUGCAGAGAGUUGGCGUCUUCUAUGAUAGAUCUGCAGAGAAAACAAUUCAAGGAGUUUGCUAUAAUGACAGACUUUGAAAACCCCUACAUCACCAUGUCACACAAAUAUGAAAUCAAUCAGUUACAUAUCUUCAGGAAGUUAAUGGAAAAUGGUCUAUUAUCGAGGCAAUUAAAGCCGGUAUGGUGGGGUUGUGAAACCCAAACUGCAUUGGCUGAAGCAGAAUUGGAGUACAAUAACGACCACAAAUCAGUCUCAAUCUUUGUGAAGUUCCCAAUGGUUUAUGGGAAACUUCAUCAACAACUUCAAGCACAAGGCCACCAAGUCAGCAAAUCCAAUUUAAAAUUGUUAAUAUGGACCUCGACACCUUGGACCAUUCCACUUAAUAAGGCAAUUUGCGUCAAUGAACAAUUUACGUAUACUUUGUUGCAGAACAAAGCUACUGAAGAAUUUUUGGUGGUAGCCGACUCACUUAAAGAUCAAUUAGUUGAGCUUGACAAUGAUUGGUUAGCAAUGGAUGUGAAGUUCUCAGGAAGUGAAUUGGUAGGGAGUCAAUAUAUCAAUUCAGCAUCUAUGGAUAAUGCUGAGCAUCCAGUUUUGCACGGAGAUCAUGUUGUGGACAAUGCGGGUACUGGUCUUGUGCACACUGCUCCGGCUCAUGGAGGUGAGGACUAUUUAGUAGCAAAGAAAAACGGUAUCGAGAUCGAUUCGUCCGUUGAUAACCAAGGAAAAUACAUACCAGGAAAGCUUUCUCCUGGAUUUGAUUCUUUACAUGGCAUGAAGGUGACUAUUCCAACCACUAUUUGGAAGUGUAUUGAAUUAUUGAAAGAAAGCAAUAUGAUUUACAGCAUAAAUAAGAAUUUCAGACAUUCUUAUCCAUAUGAUUGGAGAUCAAAGACGCCAGUAAUCCAGAGGGCAACUCCCCAGUGGUUUGUGAAUGUUGAAAAAAUCAAAUCUUCAGCAUUGAAAGCAUUAGAUGACGUCAAAUUUUACCCUGAGUCAGGUAAAAACAGACUUCCCCUGUUUAUUAAGAAUAGAAACGAGUGGUGUAUAUCGAGACAAAGAUCCUGGGGAUUGCCUUUACCGAUAAUAUAUCAUAAAGAGAGUGGGGAUGCGGUGGAAGAAUUGAGAAUAAUUGAUUACAUUAUCAAUCAGAUCGAUAAGUUUGGUACUGAUGAAUGGUUUGUCAUCGAGGAGGACAUUUCUAGAUGGCUCCCGGAAGAUUUGAAACAUAAAGGAAAAGAAUUUUAUAAAGGUCAAGAUACCAUGGAUGUAUGGUUUGACUCUGGUACCUCUUGGAGUACUCUUUCGUCCAACUUGGAUGACCUUUUAAAAUCGGAGAAUCCAAUCGCUGAUAUUUAUUUGGAAGGAAGUGAUCAGCAUAGAGGUUGGUUCCAAUCGUCUUUGCUCAACAAGAUAAUUGCAUCGGGUGAUAAGGGGUCAAAUUUUAAAGCAGUUGCACCAUUUAAAAAAAUCAUCACCCACGGAUUCACUUUAGACAGUAAAAAUGAUAAGAUGUCCAAAUCAAAGGGAAACAUUAUUUUGCCAACCCACGCUAUGGAAGGCGGAGGAAAGCCAUUUUUACCUGCUUUAGGCACUGAUGGCUUAAGAUUGUGGGUUGCAUCUUCUAAUUACAAUUCUGAUGUCAAUGUAACCAGUGAAGUAUUGACUAGAGUGUUUGAAAAUUCCAAAAAGAUCAGAGUUACUUUCAAAUAUAUGUUGGGUAAUUUGAAAGAUUUUGAAGCUCCUCUCCCAUACAAUCAAUUAAGUCCAUUGGAUAAGUAUGCCUUGUCCAAGCUUCAUAAACUCGAAACCAAUUGCAUUGGAUUUUACAAGGAACACAAUUUUUCCCGUGUUGUGUCGGAUAUUAAUUUUCAUAUGAACAAUGAUUUGAGUGCUUGGUACUUUGAUAUUUCGAAAGAUUGCUUGUAUACUGAUGAAGUAUCUUCUACAAGAAGAAGAGGAAUACAAACUGUUUUGCGUGAAAUUUUGCGCACUUACAUUGGAUUGUUAGCACCUAUUCAACCGCUUGUCACCCAGGAAGUUUGGCAAGAAUACUCGUCUUUAUUUGAGCACGGUGAGGCCUCGCCCUUCCAAAUGGGAGGUUGGUCUAACUUCUACAAGUUGCCUGAGGAGUAUAUGAACCCAGAGGUUGAAAAAGAGUUUGAAACGGUCUGGAAAAUUAGAGAUCACAUUUACAAAGAAUUGGAGAGUCUCCGUGAAAGUGGUCAAUACAAGAACAAGUUAGAGACUCAGGUAAACAUUACCACCGAUGGGGACUUGAAAAUCCUUCUCGAAGCUCACAAAAGCUACUUGGAUGAUUACUUUUUGGUAUCCAAGGCUAGCCUAAACUCACCACUCUCCAGCACCUCUACCCAUCUCUCCGAGUCCAAGCUCCAAUUGGACGGGAGUACGGUCGAGAUUGAAAUAGGUCUUUCCGAUGAUACUAAAUGUCCCAGAUGUUGGAAAUAUACUGCUCCACAAGAAGACGCUCUUUGUAAAAAGUGUGCACAUGUUGUGGCAUAAGUUGCGAAAGUUUCGCAUCGUCUUUGGCAAAGGUUGCGGCCAGGCAAAUGAAACCUAAGAUAAGGUACUGCAUAAUGCAAUGGUGAGUCAACUCAUGUCCUGUAAAUAGAUGUACAUAUAGCGCUUAUUUUAACGUUAAUAGAAGAAAUUUGGUAUAGUGC